GCCCUCUCCCCCCAGCCGGCGCCAUGGCGUCCCAGGGCCGAGGGCGGAGGCCGCCGCGGAGGCCCGAGACGGUGGUGCCCGGGGAGGCGGCCGAGACGGACUCGGAGCUCUCCGCGUCCUCGUCGGAGGAGGAGGAGCUGUACCUGGGCCCCGCGGGCCCGACGCGCGGCCGCCCCACCGGGCUGCGGGUGUCCGGGGAGGCCGCGGAGACCGACUCGGAGCCGGAGCCGGAGCCGAGGGCCGCGCCGAGGGACCUGCCUCCGCUCGUCGUGCAGCGGGACGCGGCCGGGGAGGCCUGGGGCGCGGAGGAGACGCCGGCGCCCGCCCCUGCGCGCUCGCUGCUGCAGCUCCGGCUGGCCGAGAGCCAGGCGCGCCUGGACCACGACGUGGCGGCGGCGGUGAGCGGCGUGUACCGCCGCGCGGGCCGCGAUGUGGCCGCCCUGGCCGGUCGGCUGGCGGCCGCGCAGGCGGCGGGGUUGGCGGCGGCCCACAGCGUGCGCCUGGCGCGGGGAGAUCUCUGCGCCCUGGCCGAGCGCCUGGACAUCGUGGCCGGCUGCCGCCUGCUGCCUGACAUCCGCGGCGUGCCGGGGACCGAGCCUGAGCCGGACCCAGGACCGCGGGCCUAGCCAGGACCCGCUCCCCGCCUGACUGCGCCCCGGGGCGAACUUAGCGGCCUCUGGGACCCGACUCUGUAGCGUGCAUAGCCCCCCUCCCUCCCACUUGGCUGUCACCCUCAAGACUAACCCGGCCUCCUGGAUAAUAAUGUGCGUGCUCGCGUCUGUGGGGGCUGAGAAGGGGGGCGACUUGGGUUCACCCUGGGAUGCGCCCCAGGCAGCUGGUUUCUCGGCCUUGCUCUGGUUUGCAGCCUGUCUUGAGGCCUAGUUCCCUCCUGGAUCCCGCCUUUAUUGUGCUCUGCCUUUCUGAUUCCUACGCUCUGCUCAGAGGACCUAGUCCCGACUCUUGCCAAGGAGCCCCGGGAUGUGGUACAUGUUCCCUGUCUCGUCCUUCACCUGACUCCACCUCUGACCCUGGCUCCACUCCUGGGAAUGUGUCCUUCUAGGCUGGGCCUUUUUCUGCUCCCCAGACUUGGCCCUGAUUACCUGUUAGUUCUAGCCCUUGCUCUGCCUCUCCUGGCGCCAGCUCCUGGCUGAGCUCUUACCCCUCGCCUAACCUUGUUUUCUGAGCCCAGCAGGACCCUUGGGAUUAGUUUUGCUUUUUUUUUUUUUUUUUGCUUUUCCCAUCCUGUUUCUACUGCCUGUCUGCUCCACGGCUCUGGAGACAUCCCUCAGUAGGCCCAAGUGAGGCUCCCUCCUGGCCCAAGGGGUCCUCCUCUCAACUCUUCAUAUUCAAGAUUCCUCUGCCAGACCCAGGAUGAUGUGUCCUCCCACCCUCCAGACCAAGGUGGCAUCUUAGGCCCAAGCCCUGGGUACAAGAUGGGCUACUUCCUAAUUGAUAGUGUCAAGUGUCCAGCACUUAGGGCCACAUACAGCCACACCCCAUACUUUGGGUGCUUAUGACACCCCUGUGUAUAGGAGGACCAUGGCGUUUGUUUGCUGAGUCGGCCCCUGGUUCCUAAGAGGCCUUGGAUUUCUGACUCAGCUCAGGGUCUGGAGUUAGCAGCUCUGCUCCUUUUUACCUCUGGUCCCAGCUCCAGCACCUCCCCCAUUCAUCUCCCUCCCAGAAGCUGAGCUCUGAGCCUCCAAGAUGGGGCAUGGGCAAAGGGCCCUUUAAAGUGAACAUUUACUGCAAGGACCAGUUUCUCUUGUCUCCCUACCUCAGUUGGGGGUGGGUUGGUUGGUGAUUUCUCUUAAUAGGAGUCCCAGAAGCAGGAUCCUACAUGCCCAGCCAUGAAGGUGAAGCUGUAGACGGCUAUCAGGGCCCCUGGUUGUGCACCCUCAUUCUGCAUGUAUUUGACCCUCAUUAAUUCCACACACAUUUAUUGGGCUCCAGUUUUGUGCCUGAGCACUUGGGGGUGCAGCACCCAAUCCUAGCCCUCAAAGAGCUCAGUCCACUGGGGAAGACAGACAUUAAUAAAAUAUUCUUGUGGAUAAAUGGAUAGAUUUCAUCAUUAUAAUUUACAGUUUAGAUACUGUUUCUGGCAUUAAAGUAGUACAGGGGCUUGGGGAGGGUUUAACUGAGCUCUGUCUGACCUUAUUUAGGGGUCUAGGAGUAAGAUGGCUUCCUGAAGAAGUGAUGAGUGGGUUUGAGCAGUGUCUUGAGGGUGUAAUAGGUGACAAUGAAGUGGGAUGGAAAAGAGUUGCAGGCAGGGGAACAGCAUAUGCAAAGUUUUGUCUGAAGGAAGCAAGGCCUAUUUAACAGAAGACAGUGACGUCUGUUCUCCCCUAGAGUGGAGAGAGCUGUGGAGAUGGAGGGGGGUUAAGUGGUACCAGCAGGGGCCAGGUAAAGCUGCGCUUUGAAACCGGGUAGAGAUGCUUGGUCUUGUUGAACAACCACUAAGCAGAGUAACUGUUUUGUGGAGUCCAGGAACUCACAACCACAGGCCCAACUGGGGUUUGAAUUUCCCCUUGCAGAGUGGUCCAGGAAAGGCCAAGCAUAAACAUGAACUGAAAGUAGCUCUGGCUGAAACCAAGGCACGCACCCUCAAGGAGCCUCAGGCGGAAUUACAGCAAAUUAAGAUCAACCAGAUUUAUGCUCACAAUCCCAAACAACAAAGCACACCCGAGGGUAAGAGGAGAGAACUGACUAAAACUGCAGGAUUCCCCUAAAUUUCAAGAGUUUGAAAUAGCUGCAGUGGGAGCCGGGAAGGCAAAAAUCAAGUGUUGGUGGAAAGUCUGUUUAAGAAGUAGUUGACAGGGACUCCCUGGUGGUCUAGGGGUUGAGUCUCAGUGCUAUCACCGCGAAGACCUGAGUUCGAUCCCCGGCCAGGGAGCUUACCCACAGCAGACCUCUCCUGUCUCCCCACUGCUGCCCUCAGCAGUGUAUUUCAGUAGAUCCACCUGUUCUGCUCCCCACGCUAUCUGGUGAAUUCUCACGCCCGCACCUCUGGCCUGCAUCCCGGUUCUACACAAAAUGAAAUCUUUUUUUAAAAAAAAGGAGUAGUUGCUCCCUGAUAAGUCUGUCCUCACUGUGUGCCCACCCCCUCCUGAGUUCUGGACAAAGCCUGGGGAUUCAUCCUUCCAGGGAGAAAGGCUGUCGUGCUGGGGGUGGGGUGGCAGGUCUGAAACGGGGAUUGAGAGCAUGUAGGUGCAUCGGUAGCAAGUCACGCACCUUCCCCGGCCUAAUACUGAAAGAUGAAGAUGUAGAGAGAAAUACGCCGCCUGAGACAGGCGCCGGGAGAGCUUGCUCGGUAGCCCGGGGGCUGGUUAUAGCCUCACCGUUCCUUGGAGAAGUGUGUUUUCCCCUCAGUUGCCUCCCAGGGGUCCUCCCCCAGGCAUACAAGUGAAAGAACCCGAAAGGAGAAAAAGCUAAACCCCAGGAGGUUCCUCAGGAGAAUGCAGCGGCAGACUCCUCUGUCUCCUCCAAAUCCCAGAAACAACACUUCUUCCAAGAAGGAACUAGCCGGUGGUGAUCUUGAUGAGCCCGCAGGGGUGGAAGUCUUCCCACGAGAGAGAAGGCUUUCCCCAAAGAGGAGCCAGUUGGCGAACAGGACGAGACAGGAAGCAGGUUGUCUCCAAGAGAACGAGGACAUUCUGUCAGACAGGAGCCGCUCAGCGGUGAGCCAAGGAGGCGCCCUUUGAUGGCCUGAUAAGCUCUUGUCAGGGAGACUUUGAUUCCCGUGAACACUUGCAAGUCAGUAUAUCGAAGAACUCUUUGUAUAUUCAUUGCCACGCGAGAGAAGAAGGCCACUGUGGGUUCACCAAUAAGACGAGGGUGGGUGGCACCUUCAGUGCCCUAGAUCUGGGGGAAUUCAUGAGCUUCGUCACUGGUCGUACAUGCCAGCUGGCACCUCUUUUCUACAGAGGCCUCUCAAUUGGUAAGAGCAGGACGGGUUGUGAAAUAUCUGCGACUGGAGUCCUGGCAGUGCUAAGGUUUGGCUUUAUCACCUGCCCAGCUUCGGGCUCUUGGCCCACCCGUGUUGUGAUUUGUGGUGUUGGGCAGUCUGAUCCUGGGGACAGCUGCGCUGCUCCAGGUUGUUCAUGAGACGCCCUGUGAGCCCACCAAAACGGUCGUUGGUUUGGCAUAGAUCAGAGUUGUCCUAAGAGUUGGUGCUAGUGGGCCGCCCUGGUGGUGCAGGGGUAAAGUGUCAGCCCUGUGAAGCUGUCCGCAGCCACUGCAGCACGAGUUCAAUCCCCAGCCAGGGAGCUACCCACAUGGUGCAGCAGACCUCUCCUGUCUCGCCCGCUGCUCCCCUCAGCAGUGUAUUUCAGUCCAUCUGCCUUUAUUGCUCCCCGCUCUGUCUCUGGUGAAUCCUCUCACCCCCUGCACCUCUGGCCUGUACCCCAGUUUUUAUAUGCAUAAAUAAAUGAAUAAAAAAAAGUUAGGGGCCUCCAUGGUGGCGCUGCGAUUGAGCGCUGGGUUGCGAAGCUGCCCACAGCCUCUGCGGCGCUGGUUCGAUCCCCAGCUACCAGACGAGGGUCCCACAUGGCACGCAGACCUCUCCUGCCACCCGCUGCUCCCCUCAGCAGUGUAUUUCGUCAGUCUGCCUGUUCUGUUCCCCGCUCUGGCUCUGGUGAAUUCUCUCACCCUCCCGCGCUUCUGACUGUACCCAGUGCUUGUAUAGAUAAAUAAAUAAAUACUCUUAAAAAAAAGUU